AUGUCUGGCCGGGAGGAUGGCAAAAAGAAGCCCCUGAAACAGCCCAAGAAGCAGGCCAAUGAAAUGGACGAGGAAGAUAAGGCUUUCAAGCAGAAACAAAAAGAGGAGCAGAAGAAACUCGAGGAGCUAAAAGACAAGGCUGCGGGGAAGGGACCGCUGGCCAUGGGUGGAAUUAAGAAAUCUGGCAAAAAGUAA